AUGAAGUACUUACUGGCGAUCGUAAUGAUGGCAGCGGCGACGGCUGCCGGGCCAACCUUUGUCGGGGAAGCCGAGUCUGUGGCGCUAUAUUACCACGAGACCGUGGGUAUCCCUGAGGCAGAGCGCAUCAAGCAAGCAGAGCGAGCUGCCCACUUCGACGGCGCCAAGAUAAUUGGUGGCGCGGCCGCGCCAGUCGGGACCUAUCCGUUCUUGGUGGGACUCGUGAUAACGCUGACCUCAGGCGCCAUGUCGGUCUGCGGAUCCUCCAUGCUGAGCAACACUCGCGCGCUGACGGCGGCGCACUGCUGGUGGGACGGCCGCAACCAGGCGCGCCAGUUUCAGCUGGUCUUUGGCUCAGCGCGCCUGUUCUCAGGCGGCACUCGCGUCACCACCUCUAGCGUGCAGGUGCACUCGGGCUACAGCCCCACCAACUUGAACAAUGACGUUGCCAUGAUCUCGUUCGGGUCGGUGCCUUACUCGAAUGUGAUCCAACCUGUCGCGUUGCCGAGUGGUGCGCUGCUCAAUAGCAACCUUGCGGGCUCCUGGGUACAGGCUGCCGGUUACGGAAAGACCAGUGACGCCGGUGGCAUCUUGCAAAGCCAGUUCCAGAGCCACGUGUCCCUUCAGGUGAUCACGAACGCAGUGUGCUCGCAGUCCUUUGGUGGUAUUAUUAUCUCGUCCACUCUGUGCACUAACGGUGCCACCAGCUCCGGCCCGGUGGGCACGUGCGGCGGUGACUCCGGCGGCCCCCUCGUCGUCACCAGUAACGGACAGCGUGUCUUGAUCGGAGUGACAUCGUUUGGUUCGUCACGUGGUUGCCAGAUUGGACUUCCGUCAGGAUUUGCUCGAGUCACUUCCUUCUUAUCAUGGAUUCAAGCGAGACUUUGA